CCGCCGUCCUCCGCAUUAUUCUCUCCUCCCUCUCUCUCUCCCUCUCCUUCCUCGCUCUCAUACAAAGUGGACUGAGUAGUUCAGCACUGAGUCUAUGCCGUUCUCUCGAUUAAUUUCUCGACUGGCUACUUUGCAUCGCGUUCCUUUCUAUUGUCCUUGUCAAUCCCGAUUCGCCAGCUCUGACCGUGCCCGAUUCUCGACCUCCAUCAUCCGAUCAGCCAUGAACCACGACUCACCGGACGGGGUCAAAUCCCAACACCCCAAAAAGCUCAUCUUCGCCCCCGGCGACAUCGAAACACCCAGCACGCCCGACGGCACCACCACCACCAGCACAAAAUCGCUCGCCCCCUCCCAACCCACCGCCAAGGACAUAACAGCCGACGAAGCCGACGAAGCCAGCGUGCUCCGCACGGACACCUCGACGCCGACCUCAGCGACGGAGCAGGACUUGGUAGCGCACGCGGCGCGCGCACACCAAUUCGUCUCGAACCCGCCGCUGACCAUCUCCCAGCUGCACCCGACCAACCCGCUGCACCAAUUCCACGCCUGGUUCCGCGACCCGCGGCUACUCCCGUCGACGGCACCGGAGACCUGCACGCUUGCCACGGCGUCGUUGCCGUCCGGCCGUGUGAGUGCGCGGGUCGUGUACCUGAAGGAGCUGGAUGAGCGCGGGUGGACGGUAUACAGCAACUGGGGUAGUCGGGAGGGGAAGGGACGGGAUGUUUUCGGGGGGGUGGAUGGUGCCGGAGAGGAGGAUGGGCCGCGGCCGAUUCCUGCGCCUGUGGAUGAGGAUUUGCAGGGGGAUUUCAGCGGCGGUGGCAGCGGCGGUAAUCGCUGGGCGGCGUUGACGUUCCUGUGGUCUGGAUUGGAGCGGCAGGUGCGCAUCGAGGGGCUGGUUGAGCCGCUGUCGCGCGAGGAGAGCGAGCUGUACUGGCACACCAGAGAGCGCGGCAGCCAGAUCGGCGCCUGGGCCAGCUGGCAGAGCAAGGUGCUGUGGCGCGCCGAGCCGGAGUCGCUGCUCGAGCGCCGCCGCAAGAGUCUCGAUCCCACCCUGUACCAGGUGCCGCGCAAUGUGGACGAGAGAGAUAUCGAUGAUGGGAGGAAGGCCCUGGAGGAGCGCGUCAAGGAGGUCGAGAGGCGCUUCGACGGCGUCGACCAGAUCCCCCUGCCCCCCUUCUGGGGCGGCGUGCGUCUGGUGCCCGAGUCCGUGGAGUUUUGGCAAGGCAGAAAGAGUCGGCUGCAUGAUCGCUUCCGGUAUGUGCGGGUCGGGGAGGAGCACGGCGAUUAUCGUUGGCGUAUUGAGAGGUUGUCGCCGUAGAUGCGGUGCACUAGACUAAGAGAUAAGAUGCAUUAGAUGGAUGCAUGUGAGCUAUAGCCUGAGGAUGCGAUGCUGUUUGUUCUUGGUGUUUUGCAUUCUUAGUAUCUCAGCUUAGAGCUUAUGAUUUACUAUUCAAUUCCUCUCCAAAUGGA